UGGUAAUAUAACUUUUUUAUUAAUAAAAUGGCAGAGUCUACAAUAUAAUAUACAAAUGUAUUACAAUCCGCGUGCUAAUUUGGAAAGAGUAUACAUAUGUGUCGAAGGGUGAUAUACUUAACCACACUCGAUACUUUUUACGCAUGUGAGUUUAUAUUUUCGGUGCAUGCGCCGAGUUCUUACCUUGAGUAGUGUGAAACAGUGAAAGUAUUUAGGGUUGAUCGAAUUACACGUAACCUCUUAGCAUUUUUACAGUGAUCUGUAAAAGAUUUUUAACUAAAAUUAUUAUGUACAAUAUUUUUUAAUUGUAUAAAGAAAGAUUACGUGAUUUACAUAGAAACAGGAAAUUUUUCAAGAAAACAAUCAUACAUCUUGACCUUUUUUUUUACGAAACGUAAUUGUUUAGAAAAAUUAAAAAUAUUCGACAAUGGCAUCGCGGGUUAUUUUAAAGACUUGUAAAAAGACAACGAAAAUUGGUGGACCUUCGCAAAUUCGCUUUUUCAACGUAAAUGUUAAGAAAAUGCCUGGUCAGCUGGAGGAAGUUGAAGGAAAGCAUGCCACUUUUGGUAUGGGAUGUUUCUGGGCUGGUGAUUCUCUCUUUGGAGCAUUACCCGGUGUUAUAAGGACUUGUGUAGGUUAUUCUGGUGGUACUAAGGAGACACCAACAUAUAAAAACAUAGGAGACCAUACAGAAGUCAUUGAUAUUGAAUUUGAUCCAGAUGUUGUAUCAUACGCGCAAUUACUUAGUAUAUUUUGGAAUAACCAUGAAUAUAGUUUAAUUACAAAAAUUAAGCGACAGUAUAUGUCAUUAAUUUUAUAUCACGAUGAAGAACAAAAGAUGAUAGCUGAAAAAUCAAAAGAUCAGAAACAAAGCGAACGUGGAGAAACAUUUGUCACCGAGAUCAAACCAUUUGAGAAAUUUUAUCCAGCAGAAGAUUAUCAUCAAAAGUAUCGUCUUCAAAACCAUCCAUGGUUGGUUGAAACUACCGGUCUUACAACAGGUGAGAUAUUACGUACUUCUCCUUUAGCAGCUAAAUUGAAUGGAUAUAUAGCAGGAGUUGGAUCAUUAGAGCAACUUGAAAAAGAUUUACCAAAUUUCGGACUUAGUGACAAAGCUGCACAGUAUAUAAAAAAAUAUCUUAUUAAAAAUCAAGGAACUGGUCUAUAUUGUUAGUUUAUUAUACAAAUGAAAUGAAUUCUACUGAAAAAAUGUAGACUGACGAAAUUAGUUCCUUACUACAAGGAAAUUUGUUGCUUAAUUUAGUUUAAUUUAUAAAACUUUGGUAUAAAUUGAUUCAUAGAUACAAAAUCUUACUUCUGCUGAAAUUAAAUGUGAAGUAUUUAUUAUAAAAUCUAAAUAAUAGUAUUAUAGCAAAUCAUAUUUUUUUUCUGUUUUUAUAUCAUGUUGUAAGAUAUAGUUAGUUAAAGUUAAAUGCAAUAGUUUUAUGCAUACUACAAACACCUUUUUUCAUAUAUGAUGACAUUUCAUAUUUUUAGCUAUUUUACAUUCACAGUAUUAUCCAUAUUUCUAUUGAGAGUAUAAGAAUAAAAAAGAGUAUCAUCAUGGAGAUUUUAUAUAUAUAAUAGUGUACUUGUAUGCUAUAAUUUGUAAAGAUAUUACUUAUGCAGAAGCAAUUUUUAAAUAUCGCGAAUAUAUUAUAAUAUAAGUUUGAACCAGUUGAGAAAAGUACCUGUACAAUAGAGUAUAGGUAGUAUAUUUGUAAAAGUAUCUUUACAGAGAAAAUGAAAAUAUAUUUUAAAGUGGUUAUUACAUUAUAAACAUUUAUAUUUCAUAGAAUUUUUGUCAUAUAAAAACCUAAGUUGUAAUGAUAAUCAAAUUAAAUAUAUAUUAUAUUGUUUUUAA